AUGACCCGAUCCAACAACUCUCGCCGUGGUAUUGUCAGACACGAGAAUAAAUCACUUUGGAAAUCCCUUGGUCAUCACUCGAGACGUGCCUUUGUGAGAGCUUCUUUUGGUGAGGCCAUUAAAUACGAUUCUUAUUGUGGUGGUGGUGGUGGUGGUUCUGGUGGUGGUGGUGGAUAUUCCUCGAGUGUGUUCGUGGUGGAUGAAAUCAAGUCCUUCUAUGUACCAUCCAAGACUGAAUGUUCCAACAUUGGAUAUGCUCCUCAGGAUACCUAA